GAGGCCGGGCACAGGGGGAUGCCUCGAUGUGAGAGUCUCGAAGAAGUGACACUGGAGGACGUCGUUGCAAUGAUCAGACCCUCUCUGUUUAAGCAGGGUGUGGGCCGGGCCGGCAAAGGGCAGCGAAGUGGCGGUGGGCAGCACACGCCCCUCUUCCUUCCAUCUACUCCUCUUUCUCUACCUCCUCGUCCUUGGUUAUCCUUGGCUCCCUCCAUCUCUGUUCCUGUACCAGCUUUCUUUCUCCCUCUUCCUUCCUAGUCUUUUUUUUUUUUUUUUUAGUAUAUCUGUUUAUUUAUUUAUUUAUGGCUGCGUCGGGUCUUAGUUGAGGCACGUGGGGUCUUCGUUGAGGCGUGUGGGAUCUUUCGUUGCAGCAUGUGCUCUUUGUUGUGGCGCGCAGGUUCUCCCUCUCUAGUUGUGGUGCAUGGGCUCCAGGGCGCAUGGGCUCAGUAGUUGUGGUGCGCAGGCUUAGUUGCUCCGUGGCAUGUGGGAUCUCAUUUCCCAGACCAGGGCUCGAACCCGAGUCCCCUGCGCUGGAAGGCGGAUUCUCAACCACUGGACCGCCAGGGAGGCCCCGCUCCUAGUCUUCUGUUCCUUUUCUUUCCUUUCACUUUUGCGCUGAUCCUGACCGCUCAUCAUCUACAAGAGGCUCCCCUGGCGUUGCCUUUGGCGCCCUGGUGCCCUUGGUCCAUUCUGCAUGAGUGAAUGGGGCCCUGGGCUGGGGGCCCUCUCCCCUCAUGUGAGUUUGAAGAAGAGCUGAGAAAUCCCGUGGGUCCAGGCUGAGUGCAGACCAGCCAGCCUGUGGCCCCUUUUCUCCUCCAGUGUUCGCAGUCAGGAUUACAUCUGUUCUGAGCGCCCAUAUGAGCUACGUUGUAAGAACCAAGGGGCAGGGUCAGAUGGUCCCCUCGCCACGGCUGGUGCUUUAUCAGGGAUGGGAGUCAGACGGGAGCCGGGCCAACAGAGGAGGUAUAUGUGAGUGGGACAGGCCGUUUGCCCAGGCGAGGCAGUGAGCAUCUCAGCUAAGCCAGCGUCGGACUCCCUGCCGAGGCAGCUGCUGCCGUCCUAGCCCCCAGCACAUUGUUCAGGAGGUCUGCUGACCUCUGUCCUUCCUCCCUAAAGGUACAGAACUUAGCAGAAAGGAUUUCACGGGGCACUGCACACACGUCCCACAUGCCUGGGAAGAGGCCUCCCCUCUCUGUGCUAUAGGCAGGAAGCUUUCCUGUGGACUUUUGUGUUUUCCAUGAAGGGGGAAGGGUCCUACCAGAUGAGAACUGCCGCUCGUUUGGGCGGGCAGAUUUCUUGAUUAGCCUCUCAGUUCCCACUUCACGGACUGUGAACUCCCCUGCAUGGCAUCUUCCUCGUAGAAUCCUGAAGCGACAUUAGAGAAGAUAACACCAGCCUCCAGGGGUCAGGCGGACAGUUCUAGCCUACGGAAGGCUGAUGUCGGUGCUGAUCGCUGAACUGGGACCACACGGGGGGAGUUCCAUGUGGCCCAGAAGCGUAAACUCCUGCCAGAGUCGACCUGGACCCCAAAAGCUGAGUCUUCCUGGAUGUGAUCGACUCCUCACAGAACGUUCCAGAAGGUUAAUGGAAACAGCGAAAGAAAUGACUCGGGAGUCCUUGCCUAUCAAAUGCCUUGAAGCUGUCAUCCUGGGCAUAUACUUAACCAAUGGACAGCCUUCCAUCGAGCGAUUCCCCAUCAGCUUUAAAACCUACUUCUCAGGAAACUACUUUCACCAUGUUGUGCUGGGGAUUUACUGCAGUGGCCGCUAUGGCUCACUGGGCAUGAGCCGAAGGGCUGAGCUGAUGGACAAGCCAUUGACCUUUCGGACUCUGAGUGACCUCAUCUUUGACUUUGAAGACUCCUACAAGAAAUAUCUGCACACAGUCAAGAAGGUCAAGAUUGGGUUGUAUGUCCCCCAUGAGCCUCAUAGCUUUCAGCCCAUCGAGUGGAAGCAGCUGGUCCUCAAUGUCUCAAAGAUGUUGAGGGCUGAUAUAAGGAAGGAGCUGGAGAAAUAUGCCAGGGACAUGAGAAUGAAGAUCCUGAAACCUGCAAGUGCUCACUCUCCAACCCAAGUGAGAAGCCGGGGAAAAUCACUGUCCCCCCGAAGGAGGCAGGCAAGCCCCCCAAGACGGCUCGGCAGGCGAGACAAAUCCUCCCAGCCUCCGCCAUUGCAACAGACUAGAAUCCGGGACAGCUUGGUUCCUAGAGGUGUGUCUGGAGAAAAGCAGCUUCUCAGCUUCCACCCAUGGCCCUCACCAAGCAGGCUUUUCUCCAGGCCUGCACUGCCUGAAAAGAAGGUGGCUGAUCUCAGCACUCUGAAUGAAGUGGGCUAUCAAAUCCGAAUUUAGGCUAGCCAUACAGCCAGCCAACAGGGCUUCUAUGGUGCUUCUGUCUGCACUUUACCCAGCAUCUUCCAGGAGGAACUGCAACUAUUUAUUAAGAACUUGUGAAUUUUAUUUGUAAGGGUUCACUUGGAAUAGACUCUGAGUAUGUGGUAACAAUUAACUUCAAAAAAUUCACGAAGGGACAACCACGAAAAGGCUAAGUAAUAAAUCCCACUGGGGUCAGACUGUCUCCCUCACUCCAGAUAGAAAGGAUAAGACCAUAACUGUAGUUUUAUAUUUUCCCAUUUACCUACAUUCUUUUACUUGUUUUAAACAGCAGGAGUAAAUGUUCAUGAAACUCUCCCUCCCACUUUUGAUAUAGUAAGGUAACUCAAUCAGUAUUAAUGUCUUUUUCAGCAAUAACAGCGGCAAAGAUUGGUGGGGUUUUUUUUUUUUUAAGCAGUCAAUAUUACCUCAGCAUCUUGACAUCAGAUAUGCAAAUUUAAUGGUGUUUUGUUUUUUUAUAUUCUAUUUGUAUUGUUUCCCCAAUAUUUUCCAUGGGGAUCUCCACAAGGUUCGGAAUUUUUUUCCUGGUGCACACAUGCGAUGAAAUUUAACGUAUUAUAUGCAAGUGUUUUACUAAAAAAGCACUGAAAUUCUUCUGGCAAUACGGGAAACCAUUUUCAGGACCUUGGAGUUACUUCUUUCUUAAAUCUUUCUUAAAGCAUUCACUGACAGCUGUUUUUUGUUCUUUCAAAACAAAACAAGCAAAGCACGUUCAGAAGCUAGUCUAUGUUCUGUCACUAACAUUUAAACUUUGCAGAGUCCAGCAAAAAGCACACAGGGUCAUGAACUGUUACACACAUUUAGCAGUAUUGCAAUUACCUCUGACAGUAACACACUCAAAGGCACAGGCCAGGAGUGAAUCAGCAGGUCUUGAGAACCAGCUAACCUUGCUAAUCCCAUUUCACCUGAUUUCGAAACUCUUAAGUCAGGCCUCGGUUCUGAAGGACUCACUGUUGUUAGAGAUGUGUUCUGAUGUCUUAUAUUAAGACCAAAUACGACACGAUGUGAUGAUUUUCCAGUACCUUGCUUUUAGGUACCACUUCAUGAUGCUUAGGAACUGGUAUUGGAAAAUACAAUGAAUUAGAGAAGCAGAACC